AUGGCCGAGGAUACUCCUGUUACUGCGCCAGUCGAGGCUGGCGAGACCGCGCGCGCCGAGAAGCCCACCGAUGAGAACAAGUCGGAGACUGACAUCGUCAACAAGCCUGCCGGUAAGCAUGAUUCCCUUGCUAUCGCUGAAUAUCCCCAUGUCCCAUUGUUCACAGCGGUUCCCCGGUCGGGGGCUCCAAUCUCUGUGCGACCAAAAACCGCUAACUCAUCGUUUCUCCGCACAGAGAACGCAGCUGCGACCGACGACAAGAAAGCGGAAGCUGAGGCCGAUAAGCCCAGUAUCGCCGAUGAGUCGGCAGAGGCCAAGGCUGAUGGCGACGACGCCGCCGCUCCUGCUGAUGCCGAGGCCAACGGAACCCCUGCCUCCGCAAAGAACUCCUCCAAGAGCCGCCGUGCCUCCGGUGGUGCCACUCAGAAGCUGAGUCGCAAGAAGUCUGUAAACCGCAUCACCCACCUGGACGCGAAGCCUGGUCAAUACUACCUUGCGCGCCUUCGCAGCUAUGCGCCCUGGCCCUCCAUCAUCUGCGAUGACGAGAUCCUUCCCGAGAGCUUGCUUGAGAAUCGCCCCGUGACCGCCAUGCAAAAGGAUGGAUCCUACAAGGGCGAGUACGCUGACGGUGGCCGUCGCACUCACGAGCGCACUUUCCCCGUGAUGUUCUUCGAGACCAAUGAGUUCGCUUGGGUCACAAACACUGCGCUUACCCCCCUCGACCCUGCCGAUUGCAAGGAAAUCUCCGAGAAGAACAAAACCAAGCAAUUGAUCAGCGCUUACAAGGUUGCCAGCGAAGGCCAUGACCUUCAGUACUUCAAGAGCCUGUUGAAUGACCACCAGGCCGCCAUCGAUCAAGAGGAGGCUGAAGCCGAGGCCGAGAAGGCCGAGAAGGAAGCUGCUAAGGCCGCAAAGGACGCCAAGAAGGGCAAACGCAAGAGCAAGGGUGCUGAAACUGACGUUGAAAUGGAGGAUGUGGAUGACACUAAGAAGUCCAAGGCAUCUAAGAAACGCAAGAACACCGAGACUGAUGCCGAGGCUGACAAGCCCGCCAAGACUCCCAAGACCAACACCAAGCUGAAGUUAACCACCCCUAAGGCCCCCGAGGAGAAAAAGACCCCUGCCAGCAAGACCAAGAAAGCUCCCGCCAAGAAGGGCAAGGCAGCUCCUGCUCCCAGCGACGAUGAAGACGCCAGUGCCGGUGCUAAGGAGUCCCCCAAGCCCGUGGAUCCCGAAGAAUUGAAGAAGAAAAAGGAGAAAGAGAGUACGUCUCCCCCAAACCCUGGUUCCCUCCCUACCCAAGGAACGCCCGACCCAGAGCACUUACGCCUUUUAGUCCUUUUCCUUCGUCACAAGCUCCAGAAGGGCUUCAUUUCCCGUGACCAGCCUCCCAAGGAGGACGAGAUGGCCAGCAUGGCAUCUUACUUUGAUAAGCUGGAGAAGCACGCUGAUCUGGAAGUCUCAAUCAUCCGUUCUACCAAGAUCAACAAAGUCCUGAAGAUGAUUGUCAAGCUUAACUCAAUUCCUCGCGACGAAGAAUUCAGCUUCCGUCACCGCGCCAUGAACAUUCUGUCUAGCUGGAAGAAUAUCUUAGACGCAGAUACCCCCGCCGGUGCCACUGAUAAGGACGACAAGCCUACUGCCAAUGGUUCCAACAAGGAGGAUGACGGAGCUGACACUCCCAAGCUGGAGACUGAGGAAGAGAAGGAGCCCGAAUCCAAGUCUGCCAAGGAUGACCUCGACUCCCCGAUGCCUGAUGCUGACGCAGAAAAGGCCUCUGAGCCCGAGGAGGAGAAGGCCGAUGGCGACAAGCCCGCAGAGACCACGGAUGAAAAGGCGGAAGAGAAGCAAGAGGAACCUUCUGAAGAGAAGACCGAGACCGCUUAA